AUGAAAAUGGGCACUCGGAGAAAAAAGAGUGAAGAAUCUUCUGAUUUUAAAGAUGGUGACACUGAGAGUGAAGGAAGCAAAAGGGCAAAAAAAGAAAGUGACUUUUCACACUACGAGCAGAUAAGGGACCAAAGGAUCAAAGAGAACAUGGAGAGAAUGCAGAAGCUGGGCUUAUUGGACCUCUCUCUUAAGCUCAAGCACCAAAAGAAAAACUCACACGACAAGAAGAAGAUGAAAGCUUUACCACCCAGCCAAUCACCCUCAAGACGUUCUUCCAGAUUAUUGAGCGUGGCCCCAGUUGACUAUAAUGAGCGUCAUUCAUCUAUUAAGGAAGAGAAGGAAGAGAAGGAAGUAAAGAUUUUUAUACCAGAAGGUAGAAACCCUGAAGUUUACACUGAAGAGCAUGAGAAGCUUCUGGGAGAUUGUGAAACCAUUUGGGAAUUGUAUGUAGAUGGAUAUGAUGAAGAUGGGGAACGUAUAUAUGAUGCAGUCAAGGGAGAGUCAUGCCAUCAAUGCAGGCAGAAAACUCUUUGUCAGCAUACCAGUUGCAACAAAUGCGAAUUAUCUCAAGGGCAACUCUGUGGAGAUUGCUUGUACACGAGAUAUGGAGAAAAUGUGAUAGAAGCAAACCAUGAUCCCAAAUGGACUUGCCCGGCUUGUCGGGGAAUUUGCAACUGCAGUCGUUGUCGAAGGGAAGAAGGUUGGAUGCCUACCAGUAAUAUAUACAGGAAGGUGACAAAACUGGGUUUCAAAUCUGUGGCUCAUUAUCUGAUUAAAACCCGCCGCUCUGAGAUAUGCGAAGGGUCAGGUGCUGAAAAUAUCGUAGCCGAAGAAGAAUUAUCAGAAACCUCUGCAGAUACGACAGUGAAUACACCAGUUCGCACAAGGAGGUCCCUGAGAAGUUAAAAGGUGAUCAAAAGGAUGCAAAGACCAGAGCUGAGUAAAAAGAUUGGCAUAUACAUCUACAUGAAGAUGAU